AUGGCUGAUGCAUCGAACCAAGAAGCUAUAUCGUUCUCCUUCUACCACUAUGAUCCCACCAAAGUCGGCGCCAUCAUAUUCAUCCUACUGUUCAUCGGUACAACUGCGAUGCAUUUAUUCCAGAUGAUUAAAACACGGACUUGGUUCUUCACACCUUUCGUCAUUGGAGGAUUUUUUGAAUGGAUCGGAUAUAUCGGACGAGCCAUGUCCAGCGACGAGACACCGAAUUGGACUCUUGGCCCGUAUCUACUGCAGACCUUGCUCCUGCUCCUAGCACCAGCCUUGUUUGCAGCGUCGAUAUACAUGUUGAUGGGCCGCAUUAUUCUUGUGCUACAAGCGGAAUCGCACGCCAUGUUGAAGAAGAAAUGGCUCACGAAGAUCUUCGUAACGGGGGACGUGCUCUCUUUCCUGCUCCAGUCGGCCGGCGGCGGCAUCCAAGCCAGCGGAUCCCUCGAUGGCAUGAAAACCGGAGAAAAGAUCAUCAUCAUCGGGCUUUUCGUGCAGCUCGCCUUCUUUGGAUUCUUUAUCUUCGUGGAAUUCUCGUUCGAUAUGAAACUGAAAAAGUUUCCGAUCCCGCGCGCUCAUGCGCCUGACAUUCCUUGGAGAAAGCAUCUGAAUGUACUAUACGGCACGAGCGCACUGAUCAUGAUUCGUUCGGUUUUCAGGGUGAUUGAGUAUAUUCAGGGAAAUUCUGGGUAUCUUCUGAAGCAUGAGGCCUAUAUGUACAUCUUUGAUGCCUGCCUCAUGUUUUUGACGAUGGUGGCCUUCAAUAUUGUUCAUCCGAGUGAGAUUGGGAGGUUACUGGAUAGGAUACCCAAGGACACCGCGUACAUGGGUACUCCUUUGGUUUGA